GAUGAUAGUGAGUCUAGCUCCUCCUUGGUAUCUCUGGUUCUUCUUCUUCCUCAGAUCAAAAAGCCUCGUGCCUCUCUCGUUUUCUCUAAGUUCUCGAAAAUGCUGGCUAGGCUUGCUGCUAAGCGUCUUCUCGAGAUCCGUCAAGUUUUCCGCCAACCACCCUCGCAGGCGUCUCGUAGCUUAUCGACAGCCUUAAACUACCACCUCGAUUCUCCUGAUAACAAACCCGAUCUUCCAUGGGAGUUUUCAGAGGCAAACAAAUCUAAGGUUAAGGAGAUACUCUCUUACUAUCCAUCAAACUACAAGCAGUCUGCAGUUAUUCCUCUUCUAGAUCUUGCACAACAACAGCAUGGAGGCUGGCUCCCUGUUUCAGCAAUGAAUGCGGUUGCUAAAGUUAUAGAGGUUGCUCCUAUCCGUGUGUAUGAGGUUGCUACAUUUUAUUCAAUGUUCAACAGGGCAAAGGUUGGAAAGUACCACCUCCUAGUUUGUGGGACAACACCUUGCAUGAUCCGUGGUUCACGAGAGAUUGAAUCAGCUUUGUUAGACCAUUUGGGAGUGAAACGUGGUGAAGUCACAAAGGAUGGUUUAUUCUCUGUUGGAGAGAUGGAAUGCAUGGGAUGUUGUGUUAAUGCACCCAUGAUCACUGUGGCAGACUAUUCCAAUGGAUCAGAAGGAUAUACGUAUAACUAUUUCGAAGAUGUUACACCUGAGAAAGUCGUAGAGAUUGUUGAAAAGCUGAGGAAAGGAGAAAAGCCACCGCAUGGAACUCAAAAUCCGAAGAGGAUCAUGUGUGGACCAGAAGGAGGAAACACGACACUGCUCGGCGAGCCGAAGCCACCGCAAUUUCGUGAUCUUGACGCUUGCUAAAAGCUAAGUUUUAUGUGGUUUAAUAACGCAAAAGGCUAUAGUGAUGUUUGAAGCCUAUAGCAUCAAAUUGAGUUUGCAUAAUCUCUUUGUAGUCUUCUUGGUUGUGGAAUUUAGACCCCCCAUUUUAAAAACCAAUGGCCAAAAGCGUCCUAUUUUGUUAUUGUCUCAUUUCAAGACACAUGUGAAAUCGUUGUAAUAAA